CUCUAGAGCUAAAGGAAUUAUUCCCAUUAUGCCUUAAUUAGUUUGUAAAGGUCGUAGAGUUGGGAUAUGUUUAUUAUUGUGACAGACCGAGCAUCACUUCCUGCUCUGUGAUGCCUUGCAUGUCAAUGAAGGGGUUUAUAUGUCAACUUCCCCUCCAGUGAAUAACAUCACAUUAGCACUUCGCUGCGCACGUUACACACACUGUGGAUCUAGGACCGAAAGACUACAAGAGGAUUAAACUGCAGCUAUUAAUCAGAUCUAAAAGAGUGAUGGAAGGAAGUUCACAGUCGUCACUGUCAGAAGAGGACUCUUCUUCCAACAAAGAGCGCUCUUUACCUGAGGAGGAGAACGAACUGCAGUCUGAGCCGGUGGAGGAGGAGGCGGCUCAGGGCGAAUCUCUUCUCUCUGGCGAGGAGCAGUUAACCCUCAUCACAGAGAGCAUGUCAAUCACCUCCUCUGAUGAGGAGAAGCUUCAGCUCCUCAACAAAAACACUGAACUCCGGAGACUUAACAAAGAGCUGAUGAAGCUGAACGAGGAGUGGGAUCAUAUCUAUCACAGCACGAGUGUGGGCCUCCAGCAGCGUGUGGCGGCCCUCGAGGAGGAGAGCAGGGCCCUCAAACAGCUCAACAGCCGACUGCUGCUUAAAGUAGAGCAUGAACAGAACAAGAGGGAAUAUUAUGAGCAAACACUCAUGCAGGAGCUGAAGAAAAACCAGCAUCUGCAGGAGUAUAUCAGACUGCUGGAGAGCCGACUGCACCAAACAGAUCUUCAGCAGUGGACCAGAGGAACUCAGACUCCAGAUAUCAGUGGCUCCUCAGAAUCUCAGCUGGUCCAGGGCUGUUCUAAGCCCACUCUGGAUGUGAGGUCAGCUCCAGGGAUAUCUCCUGGCACAAGGUCCAGUCUCAGACUGGCUGGAAAAGGAAUAGAGACACAAUCUGACCCUGUAAGAGAAGUUCAGGAUCUUAAAGAGCAGCUGGAGGCCCUGCGGUGUCAGACUAAAAUCUAUGAGGCUGAUUAUAAAACGGAGCAGAAGGACCAUGAACGUAUGAUGCAGGAGAACAAGCGUCUGCGGCGCAGAGAGAAACAGACAUGCGUCAACAGAUGACACUGCUGCAGGAGCAGCUGAAGGUGUACGAGGAUGAUUUCAGGAAGGAGCGCUCAGACAAACGCAUUCUCCAGAGACUGCUGAUGAAAAAAUCUCCAGCCGAGAAAGACCCGGUUCUGGUGCAUCGCUGCAACAACGAGCAGGACCGGCCUCGGUCAGACAGGAGAAAGGCCAGAGAAGGAUACGUCUGUCCCAAACACUGUGAGCAUCACGGUCAGCUGGACUUCCCCUGAGCCAUCCAUCACGUUAAACAAGCUACUUCGCAUCCUUAAGAAUUCAGUUUGCAUCUUUAUGUGAUGUUCUUUCAUUUGUGUGUUUGUACAAUGACUGUGUGAAAACUGUGCACUUUGAGUAUCGUCUCAAUGUAAAUAAAUCUGGGCCACUUCACUGAAGGAAAACAUGAAACUCAAACAAUCCGUGUCAGAUAGCAAACACGGCCAAGGCGAAUCAUUUGGUUUUGUUAAUAUGUCAGCUGACUUUAUGGCAAAAUAUUAACUGACGUAUUGCUGAAAAACACUUUAAGAAGGAAACGAUUUAAGAAAUUUGACAAUAAGGAAGCCCACUGCUGUGGGAAUUCCAUAUAUUGAGCUCAUUCGUAAUGACUAACGAAAACUUGUUGCAAUCUCAUUCAGUGAAGUUGAUCUCUGUAUUUGCGCUUUCAAUGUACAUAACCCAUGUUAUAUAGGUUAGGUUUUUAAUGUGUUAUUAUAAUGUAUUAGAAUUGUCCUAAGAAUUAUUUGUUUUUUAUACUAUAUUGUUUAAAUAAAACUAAAUGACCUAU